AUGGUUGCUCAUAGUCAUAGUUAUAAACAAAAUAGAAAAAUGCUAAAACAAUUUAAUAAUAAAGAUUUAAAAGAUAUAGACAAAGUAGAGGAUCUAUCAUUAGUUUCUACUACCAGCUUGCUUAAUAGAUUAAAAGCAGAUUCUGCACAAACAAACAUAAAAGAAAAGAAUGAAAUAACAUAUUAUAUAAAGUUUCAAGAAAUUAAUGUUAAUAAUGCUUUUCUAGAAUGA